GCAUGGUCGAGGACCUUAGCUUCUUCUUCACAGACACAGAGCGAAUCAUCAUCCAUGGCUGUACGUUGUUUGUUCUCUCCAAAUCUCUUGAACUCCAAGAACAAAGUUUCCGGCAAUAAUCAUCACCUUCCCUUUUCUUCCCUCUCCAAGAAACACCAAGCUUCUUCGGCAGCCCUUAAUGGAGGAGGGAGCUCAAAAACAGUGAAGCGUCUGAUCACUUUAUCUCCUAGUGAAGGAAAAUGGAAUGGAAACUGGAACACUCAGUACGAUGUCUCUCUGCGUGAUCUUCACCUUCAAGAUCUUGUUGAAGAUGGCCCUCCCAAUUCACGUGUCUCUGUCGACCUCUCCGUCCAAAGGCACGCGAGCAUGGGCCUCUCAGUAGAUGGAAGAAUCAUGACUUCUAUCGCAAGAAAGUGCAGCAUUUGCUCUUCUCUUUAUCCUCGACUGAUUGAUACAAGUUUCACCGUCUGGAUUUUGCCAUCAAGCCGGGAAAAUCGAGCUUCAACACUGCCAGAAAUUGGCGGCGAUGAUCCUUCGGUUAUAUAUGUGAGACCUGGAUAUGAAGCUAACCUUGAUUCCCUUGUACAAGACACUAUCCGACUCACAACUUAUGCUAAAGAUAUAUGCUCGGAUUCUUGCGAAAAAUCGGAACCAACACUGCACUACGUUGGUGAGACAAAUACAGCUUCUGUUCAUAAGCGAUGGUCAAGACUACUUGAGCUUAAGAAGAAGUAGAAACCUUUAAAUUCUUUGAAUCUCUCUGUUUAAUGUCUUCAAAGUCUCAAAAUAUUUUGAUACUGUUCAUAUUCAAAUAUAUACAAAAAUAGAAAACACAUUGACAAGAAUAUGUAAUGAUUUUUAUAACAUGUAAAUUUGUGAAAUUGAUGAUGUGGCUACAACGCUCUCAUAUGACGUUUUGAAAAUAAAAAUCUGUUUCUCUC